AUGACGUCUCUACCUGUUGACUUUCUUAAGAUCGAAGACCAGGGUUCUCUUCCCGUUGGCCUGUGGGACCAUCACAGUGUCUCGCCUCCACCACAUGUUUUCGGAGACGCUUCACAAUCUACUUUAUCUCGCCAAGGCCGUAGAGGGAGACGACGCUACGAAUCCGAGCAAGCCAAGGGCAGCAAGGCUGUUGACCUCUUCAGCUUAGCUUUUGAAUCCCGUCAGAAUGUUGAUCGGAGACGAAUCAACUCAGACUGCCCAAUAUGCCAGCAUAUGUUCUCGGAGAGGUUUUGUAAACGCAAUUUAACGAGACACGUACGAUCGAUGCAUGCCGCGGAUGCGCCCCUAGCUACUACAUGUGACGUGCCUGGGUGCGACCGCACCUUCAAACGUCCAGAUGAUUUUCAUGUGCAUUGA